AUGGCCAGCAUGUCGCGACCUAUCAUCCAGUCCAUGCCAGACACGAGGCAGCAGUCCUUCGAGGAGAUCUACGGGCCGCCCGAGAACUUUCUCGAGAUCGAGGUCCGCAACCCACGCACGCACGGCAUGGGCCGCAGCAUGUACACGGACUACGAGAUCCUGUGCCGGACCAACAUCCCGUCGUUCAAGCUGCGCCAGUCGACGGUGCGGCGCCGCUACAGCGACUUCGAGUACUUCCGCGACAUCCUCGAGCGCGAGAGCGCCCGCGUCACCAUACCCCCCCUGCCCGGCAAGGUCUUCACCAACCGCUUCAGCGACGACGUCAUCGAGAACCGCCGCCAGGGCCUCGAGAAGUUCCUCAAGAUCGUCGUCGGCCACCCGCUCCUGCAGACCGGGAGCAAGGUGCUCGCGGCCUUCGUGCAGGACCCGAACUGGGACCGCAACGCAUGGUGA